AUGUUUCAUUCAUCACUUGUCUCUUCUCAUAGGGUUCAUAUUGGAGAGAAACCAUAUAAAUGUAAUGAAUGUGGGAAGAGUUUCUGCUGGAGCGUACACCUUACUCGACAUCAGAGAUUUCAUACUGAAAAGAAAUCUUAUAUAUGUAACUAUUGUGGGAAGGCCUUCUUCAAGAGUCAAGUACUGAUUCAACAUCAAAGAAUUCACACUGGAGAGAAACCCUAUGAGUGUCAUGAAUGUGGGAAGACCUUCCGCCAAAGCAUACACCUUAUUCAGCAUCAGAGAAUUCACACUGGAGAGAAACCUUAUGAAUGCAACACAUGUGGAAAGACCUUCCGCCAUAAAACAGGACUUAUUGAACAUCAGAGAAUUCAUACUGGAGAGAAACCUUAUGAAUGUAGUGAGUGUGGGAAGGCCUUUAGUCAGAGCACGCAACUUAAUGUACAUCAGAGAAGUCACAAAAGAGAGAAACCAUAUAAGUGUAAUGACUGUGGAAAGACUUUCUGCCAGAGCAUACAACUUACUCAGCAUCAACGGAUUCACACUGGGGAGAAACCUUAUAAAUGUAAUGAAUGUGGGAAGAACUUUACUCAGAAGUCUGGAUUUGCCUACCAUCUGAGAAUUCAUACUGGAGAGAAACCUUAUAAAUGUAAUGAAUGUGGAAAGACCUUCCGCCAAAGCAUACAUCUUAUUCAACAUCAGAGAAUUCAUACUGGAGAGAAACCUUAUGAAUGUGAUACAUGUGCCAAGACCUUCCGCCAUAAAACGGGACUUAUUGAACAUCAGAGAAUUCAUACUGGAGAGAAGCCAUAUGAAUGUAAUGAAUGUGGGAAGGGCUUCUGCCAGAGCAAACAACUUGUUCAACAUCAGAAAAUUCAUACUGGACAGAAACCUUAUCAAUGUCAUGAAGGUGGGAAGACUUUUCAUCAGAAUAUACAACUCACUCAGCAUCAAAGUAUUCAUACUGGAGAGAAACCUUAUUAAUGUAAUGAAUGUGGGAAGACUCCACCAGAGCAUACAACUUAACAUCAAAGGAUUCAUAGUGGAGAAAAACUUUAUAAAUGUAACAAAUGUGGGAAGGACUUUACUUGAAAGUCUGGAUUUGCCUACCAUCUGAGAAUUCAUACUGGAGAGAAACCUUAUAAAUAUAAAGAAUGUGGGAAAACCUUCCUUCUAAUCCUCAACAUUAGAGGAUUCCCAAUGGAGAGAAAAGUCAUGAAUGUAGUAAAUGUAGGAAGGUCUUCUGGGAGAUUACACAGCUUAUUCAACAUCAGAAAAUUCACAUUGGAGAGAAACCCUUUCGAUGUAAUGCAUGUGUGAAGGCUUUUUGCCAAAGUCCACCUUAUAUAACAUCAUAAAGUUCGUUCUAAAGAGAAACCUCACAAAUAUAAUGAAUGUGGGAAGACCUUUCAUCAGAGAAAGGAACUUACUCAACAUCAAAGGAUUCAUACUGAAGAGGAACGUUAUAAAUGUAAAGAACAUGGGAAGACUUUCCAUUGGAGAAACGAACCUACUUGCUGUGAAACUAUUAACACUGGCAAGAUCUGUGAAUAUAAAGUCUUGUGAAGGUAAUAAACAUCAGAGAAUAACAGGAUCUCAGGGUUGGAAAGAAACUCGGGGGUUAUCUAACUGAUAACUGAAGAAGCCUCCCUUUUUCAGCAUGCUUGUCAAGUGCUCAUCUAGGCUUUUCUUGAAGACUUCCAGUGAGGGGGAACCCGCUACCUCAUGAGACAGCCCACCCUACUUUUGGGUAGCUCUAAUUGUGUACCAGAUGGCAUUGUAUACUUUUAUAAAUAUGUCAUGUAAUUUACAUUAUAAAUAUUUAAAGGUACUCAUAUAAAUAUGCCACAUAGUAUAUUUAUAUAAAGACAGGUUUUUAAAAAGGGUCUCUGAGUUUCAGACGUAGAGUGGCCUUUCCAUGGCACCAGAAUCCCUUAUUUGUCCUUAUGUGUUUGCUAACACCCAAGUGCUAACCCAUCGAGGGAUGUGAUGAGAAAGAUCAGACUGCUGAGCUGGUUCUCUGACAAUGAACUCGAUUGCAUCUAAAAGUACCUUUCCAGGGUUGAGGGACAGCUAGGUGCUGCCACAGUGAAUGGAGUUCUGGGUCUGGAAUCUGGAAGACUUGAAUUCAAAUCCAUCUCAGACGUUUACUAGCUGUAUGACCUAGGUCUUCCCCUGCCUGUUCACUGUAAAAAUGGGGGUAAUAACAGCACCUCCCUGCUAUGGUUGUGUUGGGGAUUAGAUGAGAUCAGUGUAGAGAGCUCAGCAUAGCAUCUGAAACAGCAAGCACUAAGUGCUCGUUUGUUUGUUCUGACCUUGCCAGAUCAGAUCCAUGAUGCUGGGAGCUCUCUGUCCAGUUAGUCUCCUCCUCAGAAAGAUUACCCAGCCCCACUGCCUAGAAAUAGAAAUACAAGCUCCUCCUCCUAGAUAUCUUCUGCUACUUAAAAAAAAUUACCUUCAGUGUUAUUUUGUGAUCUUCAGGCCAUGGUGCUCCCCAUGAUACUGAACUUGAACCCCAUCCAGCUGUCGAUGAGAUGCAGUUGGCAGGAUCAUCAAGACCCUCAGAAGGGUUCCAUCUUAUUGAUUAGAGCCAAAGAGGAAAGAAAAAAAAACCAAACUAUUGCCUAGGCGACCAUAGAUAUGCAGGGUGAACCCAAUGUCUUAGUCCAGAUUUGAACAAUUAAAACUUCAUGAUGGCUUCCUGUUUUUGAGGCAUUACUCACUUAAAGCCAUAGGAAAGUUUCUGGGACCCACAGUGACAGAGGAAGCGGUUGGGCUGGCUGUGCCCACCAUUCAACUUUAGUUUGACCUUCAGGUAAUUGAGGUAGCAGGAGUGGAGUUGGAGUAUGGUGUGGGAUGAAUCAAGGAGGUGUUGGGGGCUGCUAAUAGAUCUCACUUUCUGUACCCUACAACCUGAUUGUGAUGAGUAGAUGGAUGUUGAGGCCGUGGAGAGAAGCAGCUAAUGCAUAGGAAAGCAGCAGAAAGUCAACUGCUGGAGAGAAAUCUGAAGGAGGAACCACCAAUUUUAAAGGCAACCUUUCCAGGAAAGACUCUCCCGUGAUGCAACCCUGACCUUGCCACAAAAUCAAUGGCAGCUAUUUUGUUUCUCUGAAAAGUUAUCUAACAAAGUUAGCUGCUAUUAGGUGUUUUCACUUGAGUUCUUUGGCCUAUGGCCAAACCAAUACCUAUUUAAUGAGAAAACUGUCUUCUCUUUAUUUAGUCAUUUUAGGAAGAUAGGAUUUUUUUUUUUCAAUAAGGAAACCUUUCUUUUAAAAAUUAUUCAUUUUUAGUAGUUUUUUUCUUCAAAUUUUGAGUCCCAAAUUCUCUCUCUACAGUCCCUCUCCACCCACUGAAUAGGCAAACAAUAUAGUAUCAAUUAUACAUGUAAAGUCGUGAAAAAAUUUUCAUACAAAGCUAUGUCACAAAAAUUAAAAAUGAAGAAAAAUAAAGUGAAAAAAGUGUGCUUUAACUUACAUUACGAGUCUAUCAGAUCUCUUUCUGGAAGAAGAUAGCAUUUUUUAUCAUGAGUCCUUUGGAGUCAUUUUGGAUCAUUGUGAUAGAGUAACUAAGUCUCAUCAUAACAAUAUUGCUGUUACUAUGUACAAUAUUCUGGUUCUACUCACUUCAUUCUGCAUCAGUUCAUAUAAGUCUUCCCAUGUUUUCUGAAGCCAUCAGUCAAGAAACCUCUUAUGUAACUCAAGUCAGAUGGGACAUUUCUAUUUGGUUUUCCAAAUUAAGAGGAGAAUGAAUUUUGACUUUAAUAUGCUGAAUGAAAUAGCCUAGUAAAGGUGUGUAUACACCCUUUGUGUGACCAAAGUUACACACAUCUUUAUUAAAUUGAGAAUCAUCUUGUGGAAAUAAUUGUGCAUUAAUGCACCAGAUCAGAGAACAUUCUCACACUUCAUCCUCUCCCCGAGAAGACCCUAUUGUGACAGAGAUAGAAUUAGGUCACAAGAGUUGGGCCAUUGAUUGUCUUUUGCUUCAACCUAAUAGAAAAUCAUUCAUGUUUUCAACAUGUAAACCCGUCCUGUAGGCCAAGAAUGGAACAGGUAUUUGGAUUAAAUACAAGCAAGCAAGACAUUACUUGUCCUCUUGGAGCUUACAUUUCAAUGGGGAAGACUAUAUACAUACAUAUAUAAAUAUAUAUAUAUCAGGGAUCAAUGUGUUAGAACAAUUGAUUGCCAUGUCCUUAAAGAUAGUUGUCUUUAAAUGGUAGUAUUGAUCUGAUUACAGUUCUCCAACUAGGUUAGAAUAGGAAAUGGAGCUAUGUAUAAUAUGAAAAUAGUUUUGAAAGGGCCUGGAGCACUUGAGAUUGAAUAAGAUAUGGAGAUAUAUUUACUAGUCAGAGCCCAGAGUCAUAAUGAUGGGACUUCAGUUGCAUACGGGUACAGGCUGGAGAGCGUAUCAUGGGUUUGUAAAAACUUUGGAUGUUUUAUUAAGAAAAUUAUAAGUUGCCAUAUUUAAAUAUAACCCUGCUUCUGCGAUUUUUCUAUACAGAGAACUCAAUUGUAGGGAGGGAAUCUUACUUACCCAUCCUGUAUCCUUCCCUCUCCAGAGUCUAGAAUAUUAGGGAUUGCUAUGGGAGUUUUGAUGAGACUUCAUUGUGUUCAUGGGCAGAUAUGAAGAAGCUUUAUGGAAAUUAAAAUUAAGAUGCAUAAAAGAAAGGAUGGAUGAUGGAAUAACAAUAACAAGAGAUAAAAGAAGGGUUCAGGGACUGGAGUUAGCUUUUUGAGAAGAAUAGAGUUAUUUCUAAAAGCAAGGAGGAGAGCAAGAUAAUGCUAUAAGUGAUUAUUGAUUAUGAAUUACUGAUUACAAUAGAAUCUGUGAACAAUAACUGGACAGUUAUUCUAAACUGAUUGAUAUAAAAUCUCUGAGUUGGAGUUACAAGAAUUAGUUACAGGGUCUUUAGAAAUAGGACAAAAUAAAUAGCAGACUAUACCCAUUUCAUGAAUGUAUUAAGUCACAAUAGCUUUCAGACAUUAGCUGGACUUUCAUUCCCAGGCCUAAAAUCUCCAUUCCAGGCCAACUAAAGAAAGAAACCAUCCUGAGUUUAGAUCCUGGAAUAUUAAUACUGCAUGUUAAGGACAAUGGACCCUUAAAUCUUGGAUCUUCAGACUGCAGUUUAAAGCAUUUUUGCAUUUAAGAGGUUGAUCUGCAGGGACUUUGCCAUUCAUAACUAACACCAGUGUGGGGGAAAAAAAGUCACCCCAGAUGAUCAAAAAGAGAAACUGAGGCAAAGCUCCAAGCCCAAGACACACUUUGAGCAGUCUGGCUUCCCUUCUAGUUGAAGUUCCCCAGACCUCCUCCUUGAUCUGAGGUGCCUCCUUCCCUCAGGGCUCUAUUUUUAUAGGGUUACAAAUAUGUUUUAAAAACCAAAACCAAAACAAACAAAAAAAACCCCCCAGCAUUUCAUUGGUUGCCAUAGGGUAAAAUAUGGCCAUCAGCAGGAUCCAGAGGUUUCCAAAUGGGCAGUGGUUGGGCAAGGGGCACAUUCUGCUAAUCAUGAGCUAGAUGAGCCUCUCUUGGGUUGGGCAAGCAGGGGAACUUACUUAGGGGCUGUCCAUUAUGCCAGCAUGGAAUGAGGGUGAAAAGAAAAGAGAUACUUUCUCAUGCUAUUGUAGUUACACAAGUAGGCCUCAUGCCUGGUACACAAGUAAUUUCUAUUUUAUAAACAUGAGGUCUGCAUCUAUAUUUCUGUAGAACUUAUAUAAACUAUGAAUUAUUCUUAUACUUACUACUAGAUGAUUGCCUAUUGGUACUAAGUGAAUAAUUACUAACAGUCAUUGCCCUCCAAAAUCAUAAUGGACUGAUUAAGGUUUGAGUAGGAGUGCCCAAUAAAUCAGCUUUCUCAUCAGUUAUUGUCUUUGGUGUUUGGAGCAAGGUCCUGAGACUUCUUUGUGAGCCAUCACAGACAUAAUUAGCCCUCAUAAGCUUCCCUUCCCUUUUCUGUCUUUUAAUAAAAAUCAUUUUUUUGCUACUA